ACAAAAGGAACAGGGUGAGUCCAUAGAGUAGGUGAGUCAUCAACAAAGACAAACUGGACAAACCAUAGAGAUCAUAUACUAACGGACAAACCGCCAAACUGGUCGAACACCAACCUUGUGCCGCAGUUCAUGUUUCGCUUCAAGUUUGAUAAGCUAGGAUGUUCUGGCUCGCUUGUGCUAGCAUGUUUUGCGGUGCCUGAUAAAAGAAAAAAAAAAAAAAUAAUAAGCUCACGUGAUUGCAUGACUCCGGGCGCAUUGUGAAGUCCGCCCAGCGCAAACAGCGGACAGCUUUUGACCGUCGUCUUGAAGACGAUCUUGUGAGUCGUAGAGCGACGGGCUUCUGGUGCUGCCGUCUGGAGGAGGGGGCAGGAUGCCGCUGCUGUACUGCGUGAUAGCAAGGGGCAGCACGGUGCUGUCGCGCUAUGCCAGCUGUGCCGGCAACUUCUCCGAGGUCACAGAACAGAUCCUGCAGAGGAUAUCGCCCGACACACCCAAGCUCACCUACUCCCACGGAAGCUACCUGUUCCACUACAUUCUCGAAGAAGGGAUCAUAUAUCUAUGCAUCACAGAUGAUGAAUUCGAGAGGGCAAAGGCAUUUCACUUCUUGGUAGACAUCCAGACCAGAUUCCAGGCAACCUACGGCCGCCAGGCCCAGUCGGCAUUGGCCUAUGCCAUGAACAGCGAAUUUUCCCGGGUGCUUGCAAACCAGAUGAAGCACUACUCGGGUGACCGAGGGGCCGACAACUUUGCUAAGGUUCAGGGCGAAAUUGACGAGCUCAAGGGCAUCAUGGUGAAGAACAUUGACACGGUCACGUCCAGGGGUGAAAGGCUGGAGUUGCUGGUGAACAAGACCGAAGUUCUCUCGAGCACGUCCGUCACAUUCCGCAAGGCGAGUCGCAACCUGGCCCGCUCGAUGCUGAUCAAGAACAUCAAGAUUGCCCUGAUCAUCGCCCUCGUGGUUCUGCUGCUGAUCUACAUCAUUGUGUCGUCUGCCUGCGGCGGCCUCAGCUGGCCGAACUGCGUCUGAAGGUGCUGCACCGCCGUACACGGGACGCCCUUUUACCUUUUGUACGCCUCUGCAGCUUCUUUUCCGUCUGUAGUCUAUGUGCCUGUCAAGCACCGUCGUCCGGAAACAAAACCGCAACGAGGUAGCGUCGACCGAGCACUGCAUUCUGUGUCACGCGUUUGGCGCUCUUGGAACCACCCCUGUAGUGACUCUUAUCCAGAGAGAGCAACUCUUACCCACAGAAGGCAACCCUUAUCGAAAGAGAGCAAUUCUUGUUGAAAAAGAGUGACCCUCGUGUUUUAAAAACAAAAUUGCCGGUAAGCGGCGCAGCAUCUGCUGUUCGGCCGCCGCUGGCACGUUCCAGUUUUGAUUCCCAGCGACCAUGCGUGUACAUAAACUUGCAUUAACCCUGCGUUUAGGGCGGCACCACAAAGUUAUUAGUAUAGUAAGCUGAGAAGAGCUUGGGCUAUUAUCGCUCGUGGAUGCCCCUCCAGGAAAAGAGCAGGUUGGGAACAGCCUUCGUUGAUGCGCGUCCGUGUUAAUUUGUGCGUGUGUUGUGCACGUGGUCAACGCCACAUUGGUUUGAAUUUAACUAACAUGUUGCAUUGCCGCCUCCUUUGGAUUGGGAGGUGCCACACUUGUUUUAACCAGUCUGUAUAAACGAGGGAUUCGCCAUUGUCGACCCUUUCAUGCUUUUCGAUUUUUUUUUUCUUGUUGUUUUGUUGUAUGUGUAUAUAUUUGCUAGGAAUGCGACGGGCCAACAGUUACAAAGUUUAUGGUUGCACGUCACGAAGUAGCCAGUAUUGAAAUAAAAAUGGAAUUGUGAAUA